CAUCGCAAGAGAGUUAGCUAGCUAAGCUCUCGUCUCUUAGUCCACACUGUAGCUCUGAGCUCCAAGGAGCAAGGAAGAAGAAGCCUUCCUGCCUCAGCACAAGAGGAUAUGGAAAUGGAGGUUGGUUCCCCUACCACCACCACAGCGCCGGUCAGCUUCUUGCUGCCGGUGGACUCCGAGCACAAGGCCAAGUCCAUCAAGAUAUUCUCCUUUGGCAACCCACACAUGCGCGCCUUCCAUCUCGGAUGGAUGUCCUUCUUCACCUGCGUUGUCUCCACCUUCGCUGCCGCGCCGCUCAUCCCCAUCAUUCGCGACAACCUCAACCUCACCAAGGCCGACAUCGGCAACGCCGGGGUCGCCUCUGUAUCCGGCGCCAUCUUCUCAAGGCUGGCCAUGGGCGCCAUCUGUGACCUUCUUGGCCCACGCUAUGGUUGUGCCUUCUUGGUCAUGCUCUCCGCGCCGGCGGUGUUUUGCAUGUCCGUCAUCGAUGGUCCUAGUGGAUACAUCACUAUCCGCUUCCUCAUCGGUGUCUCUCUUGCCACUUUUGUGUCAUGUCAGUACUGGAUCAGUACCAUGUUCAAUAGCAAGAUUAUUGGGACGGUUGGCGGAUUGACGGCGGGGUGGGGUGACAUGGGUGGUGGUGCCACCCAACUCAUCAUGCCUCUCGUCUUUGAUGGCAUCUUGGCAUGUGGUGCGACAUCUUUCACUGCAUGGCGCAUCGCCUACUUUGUGCCUGGAAUGAUGUUGGUGGUGAUGGGCUUGCUUGUGCUCACCAUGGGGCAAGACCUUCCCGAUGGUAACUUGAGGAGCCUGCAGAAAAAUGGAGAUAUGAACAAGGACAAGUUCUCCAAUGUUCUUCGUGGUGCUGUCACCAACUACCGCACGUGGAUAUUCGUCUUCAUCUAUGGUUACUGCAUGGGUGUUGAGCUCACCACCAACAACGUGAUCGCCGAGUACUACUAUGAUAGCUUCCACCUUGACCUCAGGUCCGCUGGCAUUAUAGCUGCAUGUUUUGGCUUGGCCAAUAUCUUCGCACGCCCAAUGGGCGGGUACCUCUCCGACCUUGGUGCCCGCUACUUUGGCAUGCGGGCCCGCCUUUGGAACAUCUGGAUUCUCCAGACCGCUGGCGGAGCCUUUUGCCUAUGUCUCGGGCACGCAACUACCCUUCCUACCUCAGUCACUUGCAUGGUCCUCUACUCCAUCUGCGUCGAGGCUGCUUGUGGUGCCGUCUAUGGUGUCAUCCCCUUCGUCUCCCGACGCUCCCUCGGCCUCAUCUCUGGCAUGAGCGGUGCCGGGGGUAAUGUGGGCGGCGGGCUCACACAGUUCCUCUUCUUCACAUCAUCUCAGUACUCCACUGGCAAAGGGCUUCAGUACAUGGGCAUCAUGGUCAUGGCAUGCACGCUCCCCGUUGCGCUCGUGCACUUCCCGCAGUGGGGCUCGAUGCUCCUCCCUCCCACCGACGGCGCCACGGAGGAGGAGUACUACGCCGCCGAGUGGACGGAAGAGGAGAAGAGCAAGGGCCUCCAUACCGCCGGCGUCAAGUUCGCCGAGAAUAGCGUCUCCGAGCGUGGCCGACGCAACGCCAUCCUCGCCGUGCCUGCCUCUCCACCUCAUAACACGCCGCAGCACGUAUAAGACUCCAGGCUUUCUUCCUUCUUAUUGUGGACGUAUUAUAUGCAUAUGUAUAUACACUGUAUAUGUACGUGUACGCCCCCUGGGGUGUAGGUGUGUGGUGCCCUAUUAGGAUGGUGUGGUUUUCCACGCCACGUGACUUUGUGGGCGCUUACCCGACCCCUUUGAGGAGGGAUUAAGUCUGUCGUAGUCCUGUAAUAUGUUACGAGAAGAGAUAU